GGGGGGUUGUAACCUCCCCAAUACUCAUAAUGAUGAAUGAAAAAUAUGAGCCGUUAUAAAACACGAUAAAGUGGUUGGUUUUCUCACGUGGCUGAAGAUAUGCUGAAGUGAUAAAUAUCCAUUUUUACUAAAACUGGAACAACAAAUUGAAACUUUACAAACUUGGUGCUUUUAUACAAAAGUGAGUGAUUUUACGCACGAGGUGGUAUCCUGCAAGCUUCCGGCUUUUAUUGUGAAGUUCGUAACCGGAUGUAGAAUCCGGUAAAGUGGGCCGUUAGCGGUGUCGCGCCUCUCUACCGGCAGGUUUUCUACUCUUUCUGGCGGUGUCUAUUCUUACAAUACACAUCGAAAUGUCUUGAAAUGUCGACAAUAAAACCCGUAGAAGUUAAAACAGAAAAGCCGUUGUAUUUCCGCUGAAUGUCGGCGUUGACUGUUAGCUAACGGGUCAGUUAGCUGCUGUUCGAGCUUCAGUCCGACGUGUUGCCUGUUUAGCGUUCAGUUUGGCGCCACCUUCAGGCCAAAACUCCUCUCGCACACAACAAAUAUCCAAAUCUACUGACCUGCUGCUUGCUCUCGUCUUCCGGCGCAGGUGAGGAAGCGUCAUGGAUAAAGUGAGGAGGAUCCUGGUUCACGUUUGUAAGGAGCGAGCGGCUCCGCAGCGAGCUCGGUUCGUUCAGAGUGUAACCGGUCACUUCAGCGACUGCGGCGCUGACCAGGUGGAGGUGAACUGCUCUCUGGAGAAAAACCAGCUCAUCCUCUACAGAGGAGACAAAGGACGAGGGAUUCCUCUGAAGAGGCCCGCCUUCUGUCCCAUCAAACACCUGUCAGUCACGGAGGCAGCUGCGAUCCCAUUGGACGUCCAGCAGCGUGGAAUAGAUGUGGGCGUGGCCAUAAUCCUGCAGACAGCCAAUCAGAGAGUGUUGCUGACGCGACGGGCGAAGGAGCUUCGGAUAUUUCCCAACGUCUGGGUUCCUCCAGGCGGCCAUCUUGAGCCAGAUGAGACGCUGCUGGAUGCGGGCCUCAGGGAGCUGAUGGAGGAAACUGGACUGAAACUGGAACAAGAGGAAGUUUCUCCAGAAAUACUGGGACUCUGGGAGUCAGUGUACCCUCCCAUGCUGUCCAGAGGACUUCCUCAGAGACAUCACAUCGUCAUCUACAUGCUGCUGCACUCCUCCCUCUCUCACCUGCAGCUACAGGCCUCUCUGAGCCCGUCUCCUGCCGAGGUCAGCGCCUGUCUGUGGGCCGACAGCCGGCUGGUCAGAGCCAUCGUGUCCUCCGCGGACGGAGAGGACGCUGAGGUUCGAGUGGACGGCCUGCCGAGCAGCAUCAGUGUGUCGCAGGUUUCCACAGACGGAGCUCUGAGUGACUCCACUCUGCCUCUGACGGUGUUCGUCAGCCAGGCGCCGGUCAGCGGCCCGGACGUGGAGCGGGUCAGCACCGGGACCAAGUUCGCCCUGGAGCUGUGGCUGAGGAGCCUGGAGGCCUCUGACCUCUGACCUCUGACACCCCGACCCUGCAGGCAUCAGGAAGGACGGCUCUGGAUCAGAGAAAUGACCCUCUCUGUAAAUGUCACUUUUAUUUUUAUGUACUUUAAAUCUCAUCUUUGUUUUUCAAUAAAACACACCUGAAACAGAAAUGACUCUCCAACAGUACCUGAGGCUCCCCGGGUGGCAGCGCGGACAUCUUAAAGCCCGGACCGCCUCGCGGCCCUCAGUGGCGUUGUUUUCUCAGGAAGCAGGGGCCAGACUCCCUUAUUAUGCAAAUCACUAUCAUUUCAAUAAAAAUAUUUAAUAUAUUCCUUUUGUCACAUAGCAGGCAGUUCUGAGUUAAAUGUAACACCCAUCCCGUCUCCAUCUGCAAUGACUUAUUACUAAAUCUACGCUUUCUGCAAUUACAUGACAACUGCGCAAACUCCAUCUGCUGAUGAAGAUCAAGUGAUGUGACAGAAAACAUCAAAACAGCUAUUAAAUGGCCCUUGAGGUGAAACUA